AUGGCACCAUAUUUAGAGAUGAGGUUCUGUAAGGGGGUUCGCAUGGCUGCCACUGUGAUUUAUAUUUUGCAGACGAUCUUAUAUACAGGAGUUGUGGUGUAUGCUCCCGCCCUGGCACUCAAUCAAGUCACUGGCUUCAACCUUUGGGGAUCUAUAUUCGCAACAGGCGUCGUGUGUACGUUCUACUGCACCCUGGGUGGGCUGAAGGCAGUGGUGUGGACAGAUGCGUUCCAGAUGGUGGUGAUGGUAGUGGGCUUCAUGACCGUGCUGGUCCAGGGGACCCGGAAAACAGGGGGCGCGGCCUCCGUGUGGGAGGUGGCUAAAAACGGAAACAGACUCGACAUCUUUGACUUUGACCCUGACCCACUGAGACGUCAUACGUUCUGGACCAUCUCUAUUGGUGGAACCUUCACCUGGCUGGGCAUCUACGGGGUUAACCAGUCAACUAUACAGAGAUGCAUCUCCUGCAAAACCGAGACACACGCCAAACUAGCUCUGUAUUUCAACCUGCUGGGUCUGCUGGUCAUCCUGGUGUGUGCGGUGUUCUCCGGUCUCAUUAUGUAUGCUUUCUACGCCAACUGUGAUCCAUGGACCGCCCAGUCAGUCACAGCACCAGACCAGCUCAUGCCGUAUUUUGUCAUGGAGAUUCUGGGGGAUUAUCCUGGGCUUCCAGGGCUGUUUGUUGCCUGUGCGUUCAGUGGAACACUCAGUACUGUGGCAGCCAGCAUCAAUGCCCUAGCCACGGUGACCUAUGAAGACUUUGUUAAGCAGUGUUGUACUAACCUCUCCAACAAAGCCAGCGGCUGGAUCAGUAAAGGACUGUGUAUUGUGUUCGGAGUAGCCUGCACCACUAUGGCCGUUGCUGCAUCCUACAUGGGAGGGAUUGUACAGGCAGCUCUGAGUAUCCAUGGUAUGUGUGGUGGUCCCAUGCUGGGACUCUUCUCUCUGGGAAUCAUCUUUCCCUGGACCAACUCUAUGGGAGCAGCCGGCGGUCUGACAGUGGGCGUCGCCCUGUCGUUCUGGGCAGGUGUCGGAGCCUUCGUCUACCCUGCUCUAGACAUCAACACUAGACCUCUGUCUCUCAGUAUAGAGGGAUGUCUUCAACCGAACUCAUCUGACCCUACCACCACUGUUCCAUCUUCUUACCUGGACCCUACCACUCUACCAUCAAGGUCACCCCUGGCUGAUCACUGGUACUCCAUGUCCUAUCUGUACUAUAGCGCUGUUGGAUUUUUAGCCACCGUUACUGCUGGCCUGCUCAUCUCCUUCAUCACAGGACACACCAGGAGUCAAGAUGUGAAACCGUGGCUCCUACGACCGGUGUGUAACCUCUUCUGCUUUUGGUCAAAGAAGUACAAGAAGAUGUGUUGGUGUGGCGUCAACCACGAGUUAAAACAGGACACGGAGUGCCCAGACACAGACACGGUUAAAGAUGGAGGUCCCUUUGUCAAGGAAGAUAUCGGCAGAAAGGGGAUGAGGAGAAAAGUACAACCGGCUGAAAACGGUUAUAACCUGCGAGAGAAAGGACAUGACAACGCUGGCUUUACCGAAGACACAAAGCCUUUUUAA